AUGGAAGGUGCAACUUUACUUUAUUUUCUCCUUCUUGUAGCUGUUUUACAUGGAUUUUCCAGUGUGCAAACUGGUGCUAUGAAUUCAGGCAUUCAUUGCAUUGAAAGUGAAAAAAAUGCUCUUAUCAAGUUCAGGCAAGGUUUCAGGAAUUCAUCGCAGAUCAUGUUGUCUUGGAUGCUCGAGGAUAACUGCUGCAACUGGAAAGGUGUUGAAUGCGACAACACAACUGGGCACGUGAUCACUCUUGAUCUGCACAAGCAAUUCUUGCAAGAGUAUCUAAAUUUGUCCAAAACCAAUUUUAGAGGAACGAUUCCUGAACAUCUUGGAAAUUUGUCACGGUUGCAGUUUCUUGAUCUCAGUGGUGAUUUUUUACUCCGGGUCAAUAACCUUCAAUGGAUUCAGCACCUCUUCUCUAUGAAGAUUCUUAACUUGAGUGGAGUUGACAUGACGCGAUAA